UACUUUCAAGUUUCAACCAUACCAGUAUCAAGCACCUCAUUAAAGAAAAACAACAAAAAGUUUCCAUUUUCUUUUUCUUUUUAUUUUUUUUCCUUUGUUUCAAUCAUUGGUUCGAAACCCAGAUUUUAGAUUGGCCUAAUUCAUCAAAAGAUGUAAUGUAGAAUAGUUUCAAAGAUUGAUUUUUUUUUUUUGUUGAUGUUUGAAAUAAUGAAGCCAAGUAAAAGGGUUCCAAUGAAGGUUUGGUUAACUGCUCAAAGGUCAAUGGGUCUCCUCGUGGGUGGAAAUCACACUUCCUCCAGACGUGCACUUUUACGUGCUCUAAUGGUGAUUACUGCUUUGUCAAUUGUUCCUCUACUGCAAAUGAUAUCUGGGGUUGACCUUGAAUCUGGCUAUUCAAGUUCAUUUAUAUUCCCAGCCACUUUUUUCUUCUCUAAAGCUUGGGGUUCAUUUAAAAUGGUUCAAUAUGAAGGAAAUAGGAACUCGACAACCAGUGUGGUUAAAGAGCUAAUGGGAAAGAACAUGUUGAAUUACAGUGCAAAAGCUCUAUGUGUUGGUGAAGGUUCAAUGUCAGCUGUCAUGGCAUUGAAAGACUUGGGAUUCUUUGAUGUUCAUGGGGUUUAUAGACACCCCUUUUUCUCUCUUAAGCAUAAGAAAUUCAUUUAUGAGCUUGAUUAUGAAGACAAAUCUUAUGAUUUUGUGUUGUCAAGGGAUUUAGAUAAAGUAUCUGUCCCUGCGCUUCUUGUGCUUGAGAUUGAACGUGUUCUUAAACCAGGUGGAAUUGGUGCUAUACUUAUUGGUCCUACUGGUUCAGACCCUACUAGCUUGAUUAGAUCGGCUACGCCGGUUUCUUCUCUAUUGAAAGCUUCUAUUGUUGUUUAUGUCGAUCAUUUGAAUGAGCUGACAUUAGUUGUAUUCGAGAAGAAACUUGAAAACGUCACUUACUUUGAGCAAUAUCGUCUCCCUGCUGAUUGUCCAUCUAUGACAAACAACAAAGCUAUAAUGAAUCAUAUUGAGCCUCUUAUGGAAGUGAAACCAAUGGAGUUUGAGGAAAACGUUGCUUAUUUGCCUGAGUUUGUUAAUGUAUCUUCGAAGCAACGGUUGGUUUAUAUUGAUAUCGGGGCCAGUGAACAUAUGAACUCGAAUGUUUCAAGCUGGUUCUUCCCAUCUUAUCCUUUGGAUCAAAAAGCUUUCGAUGUUUAUUUCGUUGAUCAUAAUAUUUCAGUGAUGCUAUCUUAUAUCAAGAGACCUGGUAUUAACUUUGUUUAUUACCCUGGCCUUGCUGAAAACCGAGCUACAUCGAGUUCAACUAAUAGGGAUUCGGAUCCAUUUCUUGAAGAUGAAGGGUUUGACUUUCAACUCUGGUUUAAAGAUACAGUCCAAUAUGCAGAUUAUGUGGUUCUGAAAAUGAAUGCAGGUGAUGUGGAGUUACAACUUCUAUCAGAUUUGUUUGAAAGUGGAAUCAUAUGCUUCAUCGAUGAACUUUUUCUUCACUGCUCGGACCGAACUGAAAGCGGACAAGCUGUGAAAGGAGGAGACUGUAUGAGUCUCUUCAAGUCCCUUAGAAGAGCUGGUGUUUAUGUGCAUCAAUGGUGGGGAGCUUAGACACCCAUUGCAAAUGUCGGGGACUCUUGUUUUAGGUACUGUUUUAUUCGAGUCUUGUGUCAUCUAUGUACUAGACCUGCUUGCAGGUGCCAUUGUUGUCGUCUGCUAGUUAUCGUUGUCGUGGUCUGUUUGAACUUAUAUGUUGCUUUUGUGGUUGAGCACUAUACUAAAUAAGCAACCACUAUUGUCUCUGGUUUGUUGUUUAAAUUUCACUUCUUAUUUUGUGCUUA